AUGACACAAUUCUGUUUUCGACGAAACUGUCUCGUUCAAUUCGCUAUACAUUUGGGGGUAACAGCAAAGCAAACAUCAUCAGCAAAAGUGAAUGGAAAGGGGUUAAGCUAUAAAGGCUUGAACGAUGUUGCUGUUGUCAAGGGUUUGGAAAGUUAUACAAAUAUGUAUUUCUUAUUGUUCUUUGUUUGUGAUUCCUCUGUUGAUGUAAUUAAUUAA